AUGACAUCGGCACCUGGCGAGUGCAAAUCAAGCAAAAAUAGAGUUCCACCCAAUGAUUCUUAGGUAAGCGAUUAUAGACAAUUUAAUUGAUCAAAUUAAGAUCGGUAAAAGCUAGAAGAAUCGUAAUAGAACAAAGUAUAUUUUAGUAAAUUAAAAACACAAAAAUUAUCACUAAAUGAAGCGUAAAGUAAAUUGAAAGCAAGAAAACAGAGUUCCGGCAUUGCAACGGCAAUGUGUUGGCGAUGCACUAGAAUCUUGAGUGUUCGGGAGGAUCAUUGUGUAGUGUCCACAGCCUCGAUGGCUCUCUUUGGAUAAAGACAACAUGGGUAAUCUCUAGAUCUUCUCGCGAAGUCUAGAAAUCAAUGAAGUGGGUCGUCGAAUUGUCUCCGGAGGCUAUCACCUGGCGAAGCGGAAAGACAGUGACUUUGCGGCUCUCCGGCAGCUGUCACCCGACGGAGAGGAGUUGGAUGGAGGUGGGGCGCAUGUCAGGGAGCUUCAUCCUCAGGUCUGGGUAGCAAGAGGAGGCUAUUCAUCACAUCUGGUACGCUCUUAGGAGGUGGCGACUCGUCUCCCAGUGGAUCGUCCUCUUCCCAACGACGGCUUGUUCAUUGAUCAAUUAGAAAUGAUUUACUCGAUGGAUUCACGAUCCUUUUAUCGCAAAUUGUUCAGCAAUUUUAGUAGCAGUGCUCCGCGAAUCGUGUUGACGAGAUUUUCACCAAUGAUCCAACGAUUCUCAUUGCUUAAUCCUUCACCGGCAAUCUAUAGGAAAGUCGCGAUAAUCAAAUAAAAAUAUAUGAAUUUUGACUCUAGGAGGAUUCAAACCCACGCCGGUUGUUCACCUAUGAGGAAGGUGUGAUGCGGGUUUGGUCUCACAUCAGUUGUGCACCAAUUUUUUGGGCAAAUAUAUAGUAAUGUUAGCUUUGUAAGCAAAGUCUUUCUCUUGCGUAUACGGCUACUCUUUGCUCCACAGCCAGCUAGCCACUGGUGACGUGGAAGGAGAGUGGCGCACAUGUGCCCCUAUUAGUCUAAGCUAAGCCGCUCGAGCCCUUGCUCGCGGCUACUCCCCAACUACGCUUCUGACCUGCUUGUGGGCCCGACUGGUUGGUGGGUCCCCCAUUUUGUAAUAUUUUUAUUUUUAUUUCUUGUUCUUCAUUUAUCUCAAAAGUAAGAUUGUAAAAAUCGUAUAAAAUUACAUAAUUACCCAAAAAUUCACAUUAAUAUAUUUGACUCAAAAUCAUAUUUUAUCUCUCCUCACCUAUUUUUCUCAAGUUCAGGUUUAUUUUUCAUUAUUUAAUUUUCUUUACCAUUUUUGUUGGAGUUUUUGUAGGUCAUAAGUCAUUUAUCAAUGUUGGACAUGGGAACACAUUAAAACUCAAAGAUUAGAGUUCAAGUAGUUUAGAAUAAUUAAAGUAUGGAAAAUAUUAUAUUUUAGUUAAAAAAUCAUAUCGAAAUUUGCCAUCUUCCCUAUGAACCACCUGAAUUGACCCAAAUGGAAUUUUAAUUAUUCUUUAAAUUAAAUUUAUAAAUAUUUAAAUUUUGAUUAUUUUGUUUACAACAAAAGUGGUAUCAAGCAUCUCCAAAGCAUGGUGAAAAUCUCAUGACACUAUUUUAUCUGUGUUACAUGCACACAUACUCCACACAUCUUGCCUAGUGUUUCAUGCCUCUAUCAAACACUUGUCAUGUGCACCCACUAUGCCUUGCCAUGCUCCUAUGUUGCACAUGCUAGCUUACAUACAUCCAUCAUAGAGAUUGUUUUAUGUCACUCUAGUGCCAAUGUCAUCCUACAUCAUGCUAGUGGCUGUCAAGGGCCUCCAUCUUCCAAGUAGAGUCCAUUGCUUGUACCUUAUCUGUAUGCACACCUUCUAUGCAUGGUUGUGCAUGUUGUGCUGAUUGCUACACUUACUAUGUGUGUAGUGUUGAGCCACAUGUGCUGCCACAAGGACAUAUAUAUGCUAAGACCCCACUGCAAGAAUCUUACUAAGUGAUGUGCAGUACUCCACAUAUCUUUAGCACAUCUUUAACACUUUAUAAUGAAUUGUCAUAUUAUCUUUUUAACUACGGUUCCACUAAUAAAAUAACAAAUAUAUUUCAUAACUUGAGAUCUUAUUUUAGUCAUCAUCAUCUCCCUAGUGUUAUUGACAUGAGUUAGUAAUUGUAUAAUAAAUCAUGUAAAUUUAAAAUUUAUAAAAGUAAAAAAUAUUAAUUUUUAAACAUUUUAAAGUAUUUUUUAAUAAAUAUAUUCAUUAUAAUUCAAGUUGAUCCCAUGGAUGUAAUAUAAUAUCAUAUAAUAUUUCAAAAAUUUCACAAAGGAUAUGAGUUUUUAUAAAUUUUAGACUAAGCAAUAAAAAUAAAAUAUAUUUAAAAUUUACAAAAAAGGAAAAUAAGGGUGAGGACUGAUAAUUAUAAAUUAGUAGUUAUAUCUAUGCAAUUAAUAUUUUAUAUAUAGAUGUUAUUAAUAGGUAAAUAAUAUAAUUAUAUGUGUUAUCGACCCAUUAUGAUAUUUAUAAUAUUUUAUUAUUUAAUUUUUAUUAUAGAUUAUUUUAUUUAUAUUAUGAGACUAAUCAUACUUGACUUUUAUGAAAUCUAAGUGAUAAUUCACUCACAUUUUCUUAUUAAUUAUUUGAUUACAAGGACUUAGAUCAAUUCUUAUUAUGAGUUGAAAGUAAUGAAAGAAGCCCACGCUUUUAGCCCAAGAAAAAGCCUAAGUCUAUAGAAAGGGCUAACCAAAUAUGUUUAUAGGCCUAAGAGAGGGCAUCACUUUGACCUUAGCCCAUUUGGACCUAAAAGGGUUAUCAAGAGAUGAGAUUUAGGCCGCCUAUCUUAGGGCACCUAAAGAUGAGAUUAAGAGAAUGAUUAGAGCACCAUUCUCAUAGAAGAAUCUAAACCAUCUACCAAGAGAGUCAAUUAUUAAUUAGAACUAUCUAUUAGAGGGCCUAAUUCUUGAGAAGAUUAAGACAUCUCACCCUCAUUUUAGAGGACACUUUUUGACUUUCUCUCUAGUAGUGGCUUGUUGAAGAAAAAAAGAGGAAAAUCAAGGCCUGAUCAACAAUAUUAUCAUGCCCAAGAUUGUGGUGGAGAAGAGACUACAUGAAGUGCAUUAAGAUCAUCAUGAAUCAAGCACCACUCGGCCUAGGACUGAUGCACAACAAGGUCUGUGCAAGAUCUAGAUUUGAGACAUCUUUGUAAUCUUCUUUAUAGAUAGAUUAACUCUUAGUUUGAACUAGUUUUACCAUUUAGUCUAUCAUUCUAUUGCAUUAAAUCUAUUCUUUUCUUUUUGCCAUACUUUUUAUUUCUCUUAUCUUUACUCUUGUUAGAUUAAUUCCAUCCUUCACAACCUCAUGUAUAUUUAUAGAUAUAUAAGAAAUAAAAUAACUAAAAUUCUUACUCUCAUUACUCAUGCUCCCUAAAGAUCGACCCUUAUCCUAAAUAGAAGAGUGAGGUUUCAUAAAUAUUAUUUACAUGAACUUAAUUGCAUCACGACUACAUAUCUAACCUCUAAAUUGACUUCAUCAUGAACUUCAAGAUGAUGUCAAUAUCUGAUGAAUACAAAUCAGGAGAAAAUAAAGUUAUGUCAAGUGAUUCUUAUGUAAACAAUUAUAGAUGAUUUAAUGGGUCAAAUUAAGAUCUAUAAAAGUGAUAAGAAUCAUAAUUAAAUGAAGAACAUUUUAGUAAUGAAAUCAUGAAAAGUGUCACUAAAUUAAGUAAAAAUUAAGUUAAAAGUAAGAAAGAUAGAGUUUCAACCUCAUGAUAGCGAUCACCAAAAUUCUAUAUGUUUGGGAUGAUUAUUAUACGAUGUCCACAAUCUUAAGGGCUCUCCUUAGAUAUAGAUAACUUGGACAUUCAUUGGAUAUUUUCUUGAAAUCUAAAAAAUAAUGGUGAAAGUUAAAUUAGUUAAAAAAAUAGUAAAAUAAUGUUUUGGCGUUGAGUGGCAAUGUAUGAGUAAUAUAUCAAAAUCUUGAACUUUCGAAAGGAUUGUCAUGUAGUUUCUAUGACCUCAAAGGUUAUCUUUAGACAAAAAUAACAUGGGCAAUCUCUAGAUCUUCUUAUGAAGUCUAGAGAUCAAUGAAAUGAGUUGUUGAAUCGUCUUCGACAACUGUUACCCGGUGAAGUAGAAAAAUGACGACUUUGUAGUUUUUUAGUGUCAAUCAUCUAUUAGAGAUGAGCUAGAUGAAGGUGAGGUGCGUCUUAGGGAGUUUCAUUUUCAGAUUUAUACAACAAGAGUAGGCUUUCUAUUGCAUCUAAUAUGCUCUUAGAAAGAGACUUAUUUGUCAAUUAAUUAAAGAUGAUUUACUCAAUAGAUUUGUAACUUUUUUAUCAUGAAUCAUUAAAUAAUUUUAAUAACAAUAUUCCAAAAAUCACAUGCACAAGAUUUUUGUCGAUGAUUGAGUGAUUAUAAUAGCUUAAUCUUUCAUCGACAGUCUAUAAGAAAAUUAUUAUUUUAUUAGAUGAAAAAUAUAAAUUUUGGCUUUAGUAAGAUAAGAACCAUCGUUUGUCGUCGUCUAUAUGAGAGAGAGUGAAAUAAGUACACAAAUAUUAUUAUAAAGUGAUGUCAUCAAGGUACCUCAUUCUAACAAAUCAGGAAUAUUUGAGGUACAAAAGUCAUUAAAAUGUUUUGGGAAAGGUGUGACUGUAGCUUUUAGUCCCACAUCAAUUAUAAGCCAAAUUUUGAGAUGAAUAUAUAGUAAUACGAGAUUUACGAAUCAAUGAGUUUCUUUUUCGCAUCAUGAAUUGAAUUAAAGAAACUAAGAGGGCCUUGCCUUCUUGGUUAAACAAAAAAUUAAGGGGUGUGGUUGAUGUGUCACUAGGUCUACCAAAACAAAAGAAACUGUUCCAUUCAAACAAAAAUGUAAAUCUUUAUGACCACUCCUUACCCCAUGCUCGAUUGGCCACCGAUGACAUGCAAGGAGAGUGA